AAAGGGGACGAACUAUGACCCAGUUUUGCUCCCUUUCUCAGAAAAACAUUUUUUUAAAUUAAAACACCAUUUCAUGUUAGAACUGAAUCAAAUGUAGAAAUACUGACGAAUAAAAGAUAUUUAGAUGUAGUCUAAGUAAUAACAAAUAUAGCCAAGUGGUGAGUGGAUAUUGGCCAACGUGUGAUACAUUCUCGCCUUACUGGUAAAUGGAUAUAAAAGCCUAGUAUGAUUAAUCCAAAGUUUUGUUGUCUGUGAAUGGCUUACAGUCCACAUCCUCCUAGCAAUGAUUCUUCCCUUAUUCAAGCCAUUACGUCGUCAGAGCAACUCUCUGCAGUGACUCACAAUUUACUUCAUAACAAAAGUCUCUUCUCGAUCAAUGCACUCAAUUACUGCUUGCUGUACUCGUGUGGAAACGGGCCCAACAUUGUGGUGCAGGCUCUUUUAGAGGCCGGGGCCCACCUGGAGUGCCGAGACGACAGAGGAAACACGCCUCUGAUGAUAGCCGUCAUCAAUGAUCAGAUAAGCAUAACUGCCCUCCUCCUUAGCAAGUGUCCAGACGUGAACGCAUGCAACAAUGUCGGUGACACCGCGCUCAUAGUCUCCACGUAUUUUAAGUCGUCCCAUAAAGCGUUGAAGCUUCUUCUGGAGAGCAAGGACAUCAACUUGGAACACAGGAAUCUGAACGGGUUCACCGCUCUAGAAUGUGCAAUCCAGGCGAACAAUAUUGAGGCACUACUGUUACUCAUUAACGCUAACGCUGUCUGUGAGCUGCCUCAGAGUGACACUUUCGGCAAUGUCACUUCAAUGAAUCAGUUGCAAACAAAUGUGUACACUUGCUCCAGAAAUAAUGGAACUUUGAAUUUGAUUAAAUGUUUUAAAUUACAGAAGUUGACAGGCCGUUCAUCAAUAUCCCUGGCAUCCCAGCAUAGAGAUUUGCGUACUCUUCAUUUUUUAACAAGUAUGGAGCCUUCGGUUCUGAACUCUGACUGUGAUACGUAUCUCACAUCCCUAAUUGAAUUCCUCAAAUCUAGAACACAGUUGACGAUCAGUAACAGUGAAAUGGAUAUAUUUAAACUGUUAACAAAUACUUAUGUAUUGCUACGCACAUGUCCAGCAAAUACUUCUUCCGAGAACCAAGUAAUGGAGUUGGCAGUGAAGAUCGGAAAUACUGUUGUUAUUGAACUGCUCUGCGAGAACAAUUUUUCCAUCUCCAAUGACGUCCUAGGCACGGUAGCGGCCAGUGGAAGUUAUUUUCUGCUUGAAAUGCUGAUCAAACAUGGGGCUGCUAUUAGCAAAGUGGACAACGCUAAUAGGUUUCAAUACCGAGGCUCUGCCCUGGAAAUAGCAAUCCAAAACGAAGAGUUUGAAUGUGCUAACCUAUUACUCAAUUCAGCUGCGUUCUUUGACUUCAGCGAGGCUUUGAAGUUAGCUGUGGAAUCCAGUACGACAAAAUGCUUAAAGUAUUUGUUUAAUAAGUUUCCAGAAAAAACAAAAAGUACAGAUAUGCCAUCCGAUGUACUGCACACUGCAGUAUUUCAUGGAAACUCCAGUAUAAUCAACAUGCUGUUGGACAAAGGUGUAAGUGUCGAUGCUAAACAUGACAAGAAAACUCCAUUAAUGGCAGCAGUGGAUUUAGAAGUGGUCGAUCUGUUAGUCUCCAGGGGAGCUGACGUCAACAUGGUUAUCAGCUCCGAUUUCUCAUUUAAAUUAAUUCUUCAUUAUUUCGUUUCUUUUGAAUAUUUUCGGUACCUCAAAACAAAGUAUACGGAGAGAAGUGAUGCGUUCAUAAAAAUGCUUCAAGCAGGUUUGAUACAACUUUUGACUCAUCAUGGAGCUAGGGUGGAUAGUCGUGACUAUUUCGAAAGGACGCCUCUAAUGGUGGCGGCUAAAACUCACGACUCCUGUGACGUUAUCAAAGUGCUGAUUGGGGCUGGAGCAAAAGUGGACGAACUUGGCCUCGCUGGUGAAACCGCUUUACAGGUGGCUGUCCAAAGUGGUGGAGAAAGCAAUGUGAGAUGCCUCUUGCAGUAUGGUGCCGACAUCAAUGCUCAAAGCGACAAUCUGUUGUUUGAGUGCAGUGACACCAACAUGCUGAGUCUUCUCCUUGAGAAUAAAGCAAGCGUGACUGCUGAAGACGUUCGUGGAAAUACUGCCUUGAUGCACCACAUGAGGUUCUGUGAUGAGGAGUUGAUCCAGUUACUAAUUGAGGCUCAGAGUGACGUGAACCACACCAACAAAGAAGGCAAAAGCCCAUUACUUCUUGCUGCUAAGAGCAAUAAUGUAGAGAUAAUGUCUUCCCUGCUUCGCUCUGGCGCUGAUGUCAAUUAUUCUGUUACUAAAAAUGACAAAGAAAUAUCUGCAGUGUCUAUCCUGAUGAAAAGAUUGAGAACCUAUAGAGCAGAAGUGACAGCGUGUCUGGGUUUGUUAUUGGAUCAUGGAUUAACUUCGAAAACUAUCCCACCCUCUCUUGUCCACGCAUUGAUUUCUAUGGGUUGUUUUUCUUUAGUUACAAAAUAUAUUUCAGUUGGGCUAGCUCCCACAGUAGUACAUAUACAAUGGCCUGUUACUGCUUGGCUUAAGACAGACUAUUGUAUCUCUCCUCUUGAUGCAGCUUUGAUGAUGAAAAAUGUCCAACUGGCUGAAUAUUUUAUGAACAUUAGGUUUUUAACUUCCAAAGAUGUGCAGAUGUUAUCUCAAGACCAAGACAUCAAGCCAUACUUCCAAUCCAAGAGUCGCCUCGACAUCGUCAGCUUUUUGGACCAACACAGAAGUCAGCCUUUGUCUCUUCAGACGUUGAGCUUCGUGGUUGUGUCUCAGGCCCUAGGAACUGGGUCUCGGAGAACUGAUGCCAUUAAAACUUGCGGUCUUCCAGUGCCCCUUCAGGAAGCUUUGAUGUUUCAGAGCGCCCCCCACGACAUGGAGGACAAACAGGUGAUGAAAAGAUUUUUAUUCAGAUCUGCCUUGCACCAAGCUAAACUGUACAACUUUGACCCCAGUUACAUGGACAUGAACUUUGAAUAUGACAGCGAUUAUGAGUCUGACUCUGACAGUGAUGAGAAUUAAAAUCACUUUUUUUUAAAAGGUAUACUUUAACAGAACUGUUGAGAAACAUUUGAUUUUCAAUAUAUGUAACUAUUAAUAUUGAACGUUAAGAGAUUCAAGAGCUGAGUUAAAGCCAUAUUGUGCGUCUACCUUGAUUAGACCACGUCCACUGCUAGGUCUUCAUUAGCAGUCUCAAGAAAGUUAAAUUUAAUAUUUGUAAAGUAUAACUUACAGUUUUGUAAAGUUCAACUUAAUAUUUUAUAAAAUGAUUUUAAACUUUCCAAUCGAUAUAGACAAAACAACUUAUUAUAAGAUAGACCAGUGGUUCCAAUUCCUUUACUCUACUGAAACACUUCGCACAUCCUCAGUAUUCAGCGUAACACUUUGGUUUAUUUUUAGAGAGAUUAAUUUACGUGGGCGCCUACUAGUUAAUUAUUCCAGUAGUUCGUGGAUCACUGGGGUUCUGCGGAACACAGCUUGGGAACCACUACGCUAAAUUAUACAACUAUGUAGAAGAAAAAUUAUUUAACUAUUUUAAGAUAAAGUCGUUGCAAUUAUGUUCAAGGUAUAGCAAUGCUAAAUAUAGCAUUCAUUCUGUGCUAAAGAUAAAUGUUGAAACUGUUAAAGAUAGAUGAUCAAACCAUGUUAAAGAUAGAUAAUACAGCCAUGUUAAAGAUAGAUGAUACAACUAUAUUUUAGAUAAUACAAUUAUGUAUAAGACAGAUUACACAACAAAUGAGUCUUCAUCGUUAAAGUAAUAGUUAGUCUUAUUGCCUAAUUCUUUGAUACUAAAACUAGUCGCUCAUUUGUAUUCCCUCCUUGUAAAGAUUUGUUUGAACACAUUGAUUAGCAUUCGAUCAAACUUGCAAGCGCUUUGAUGUUUUGACGGCCUUUUGGGGACAGUUUUAUAGGCUAUUGAGUAGUGGAUAUCUAUUGCAUUUCGCUUUCACCUCCUAAUGUCUGUUCCUGUUGUAACUGUAUUAUUUCAAGUCUCAGUCCCAUAUUUAAUUGUUUCUUCACAUCGACUAUUUCUUUUACCCGCUGAAUCCUUUUCUUAAAAGCGAGAACUCUGGAAUACAAAGGUCAAGCCGGCUAACAAAGGUCAAGUACUCGUUCUGUCUUCACACUCCAGCCGAUCUCUGGCAGUGAGUAAUUGGGUCACAGGAUUGUGUCGUAAAUAGAUUCCCAGAAUAAAUACGGAUACAGGGGGGGGGGGGGCGCCACUUCAAUGAACUGUGGUUUCUGGUCACGUGAUAAACAAUUAGGAUCUCUAGUACAUUUUAAGCUUUCGUUCGUAGAAUUACCUUUAUUGUUCUAACCGUCAAUCAAAACAAUGUGUUUGCUAUAUUCAUAUGGCGUAUAACAGUAUACAUAUCAAACUCUAUGCUUACAAUACAUUAACAGAUUUAUUAAAAUAACCAGCCGCAUGAGCAUAGUGAUGACUGUAAUCCUUUUGAAUAAAUCCGAAUCACUUUUCAGUGGCGUAGAUAGGGAGGGGAGGGAGAAUUUGAAAUUCCCCAUGGCUCCACUUGAAGGGGGGUGGGCUGCUACAUGAGUGUUCGAAAUUAUUAUUUUUUUACAUGAAAUAUUACGCAAAAUGCCUGGGUCCCAAAUGAUCCAACAUUCCUAGCUACGCCACUGCCAUGUGGCAAAAAGAGAAAUGAUAAAUAAAUACUCAUUUCAUUUGACCUUUUUACAAAUAUAAUGAUGUUGUCAAUACUUUUAAUUGUUAUCGCUGCUGCUGUUGAAGUGUUUUGACUGUAUUUCAAUUGUUUUAUUUCUAUUUCAAUUGUUUUAUUUCUAUUUCAAUUGUUUUAUUUCUAUUUCAAUUGUUUUGUAAUACUUUAUGUUAAAAAAAUAAUAAUAACUGAUGUUAAAAC